GCUCAUCGCGCAUUCACUAUGACUGCUGAACCAACGGCUGCGCUGGACUUACUGCGCUUCCUUGCCCUUUCCCUCGAGGUGCACACCGAUGCCCUCUGCUGUGCCGUGGAUGAUGUCGAGGCCGCCAUCGUUGAGUUUUCCAUCAACGACGAGCUGAUGGAUCGCCUCGAAGAUGAACUGGCGGUCCUGCUGGGGCGACAACGGCGCAUGCACGCCGGUCAGGCGAUGAUUGCCCUGUCCCAGAAGGAGCGUCUUCGCGGCAACGCGCUGCGGCGCGAUGAGCACCCACCGUCUCAGCCGUGGGGAGAUAAACGGAUCCAAACUUCACGUACGCACUCCCGUGCAGCUAGCACUGCGACGGGGCAAUGGAGCGCUGUGCGUUCGCCGAGACAGCCGGCGGAGAGUGAGAUGCGAGAGGACUUCUCUGAUGGCGCGUCAACGCGGUGCCUUUCUAACGCCGAAGGCUCGCUCGAGGCCGACGUCGCUGCGGUUGAUCACCGCGUUGAUCUCCUCAAAGCCAAAAUCGAAGAGCUGGACUGUUACUCAUUGCGCGGAAAGCUAUUACAGCUGGAAAAGAUGAAGAAGGCCGUGAAGGACAUCGACCUGGGGAGGCUAAUGGAGAGUGUUGUCGACAACUUUGAGUUUCCGCCAGCCGUGCGGACCCUCUGGGCCUCAGGUAGUAGCUCAUCCCCUUCGUGUGCCUCCGCUGCGGUCGGCGUAUCGUAUGCGUCGUCCUCCACCCUCUCUGUCGCUGCCCACAACACUUCAUCGCGCAGCAUCACAAUGCGCAGCAGCAACGAAACGACGUUAGCGCAGCAUGCCGCCGGUAAAGGCGAUGUCGUGAACCACACGAAUGUUGAUCUGCUGCUGGCACGUGCCUGUCAGCGACUGGCUGGACGCUCCGUCGAUGCACUGGAGGCCCUCGCAUCGACGAACGUGUCAGAGGAGAGCGCCGCCGCUCACGUGCUCGGGUGCGUGGUGUACGCCGCUGAGUUUGACCGCAGCGACUGGAGCGAGCUGCGGGCGGUGAUGGAGUUGCAGACCCUGCCACGCGACGCGCUUGCACGGCGGUACCGUCGGUGGGAGAAGCAGAGCAUCUGCAAAGCCAGCAUCGACGCUCGUUGCUUCGGCGCCCGUUGCACGGUGCUCGCCGCGCAGGACUUUAGUGCCCUGCCCGCUGACUGGGCGACGUCGCAGUCAUUGAGCCGUAUUCCGUUGGACGAAGUGCUGCAGCCCAUGCGACACCUCCUCAGCCCCCGCUUUACCUUUGUGAAUGUGGCGGAGCUGAAACACCUGCAGGCGAGACGAGUGGCGUUGCAGCGAAAGAUCGUGCAGUUUCUGUUGGGCGGCCCGGCAACCAGUGAGGAGCUGCUGCGACAGGUGCCGUGCAGCGACGUGGAUCGCGCCGUUGCAGCGGCUCGGCUGGCAGUGGGGGAGAGCACACCCCCUACUAUUUCCGGGCAUGCGUGGAAGACGAUGGUGCGAGUUCCACGAAAAGCCUAG